AUGGCCCGCCGGCCGAUUCAAUUCGAUUGGAACAAGUCGACGCCCCAAUUUUCCUCGCGGCCAACGACCAUCCCGACGUACUUCCCGUCUGCUCCGCCGCACGUGUCCAGCUCCCCUGAAUAUUUCGAUCGUCUCGCGCCGGAGACGCUGUUCUUCCUCUUUUACUACUCGGAGGGCACAGAAGCGCAGCUGCUAUCGGCGAGGGCGUUGAAGAAGGCUUCAUGGCGGUUUCACUAUGGCUACCACACGUGGUUCCAACGCAAAACCACACCUCACGAAAUCACGGACACGUUUGAAAAGGGUACGUACAUCUACUGGGACUGCGAGGCAUGGAACUACGGGCAGCGCGAGGACUUUUGCUUUGAGUACCGCUACCUUGAGGAUGAGGAUCGCAUCGACAACUUGUGCAAGCAGUUCGAAGAGCUGAAGACCUACGUGCCGGCCAACCCAGCGGCCACGGCGUUUGAAGCGAACCGCGACAAGAACCGCUACAUGGACAUCCCCUGCCUCGACGAGACGCGCGUCAAGCUCACCAUUGAAGAUAAGGAGCGCGAAGGCGAUUACAUCCACGCCAAUUGGUGCAAGUUACCAGACGGGCCGACGUUCAUCGCUGCCCAGGCGCCGCUCGACACCACCAUCGGCGAUUUCUGGCGCAUGUGCUGGGAGCAUGAGGUCGUCAACAUAGUCCAACUGACGAAGUUGCAGGAGGGCGACAAGAUCAAGUGCUCGGCGUACUGGCCCACGGAACCCGGCGAUCACAUGAACCCGUCCGGCUGGUUCGUCAACAACAAGAAGAAGGAGGACAAGGGCGGCUUCAACACGCUGACCAUCGAGCUGCUGCCGAACGGCUGCUCGAACAGUCGGAUGUUGCGCAUCAUCCAGUGCCUCGAUUGGCCGGACAAGGGCGUGCCGGCUGGCCACCGCGAGAUCCUCCGCCUUCUCCGCGUCGUCGCCGACGGUGACGUGCUCAAUCCGGGACAGACGUUGAUGCACUGCUCGGCGGGCAUAGGCCGCACCGGCAGCCUGAUCCUCACCAGCUGGGCCCUCUCCAGGCUCUACGCCGGCAAGCGCAUCGACAUGAAGCAGCUGCUGCAAACACUGCGCGACCAGCGAGCCCUCGCCGUCCAGAGCACCAGCCAAUAUCUAUUGGUGUUCCUCAGCUGCGUCGAAUACAUCACGAAGAAGGGCACGGUGCCGGCGAGCGACACGGCCACCCUGAUCACGGACCUGCGCAACGCCAUGAACGCGAUGCAGACGCUGCCGGCAACCAGCCAC